AUGAAGCGCAGCUAUACCUGUCGGAGCUCAUUGCCGGAGACUGCAGUGCCGGACCCACGCUGAUCGUGGAUCUGCGGGAAAACACACUGCUUUUGCGAGGCAUAAACAGCCCAAACAUGUCUCCCAGACUAUUGCUCUGCGUCGUUUUGGCUGUGUACCACGGGACGCGAACCUGCAGUGGAUUUAACAUAGAUGAACGGUUCCCUGUGAUCAAAGAGGGGAAAACCAAAGGGAGCUUCUUUGGAUUCUCAGUAGCUCUGCAUCAACAGACGGUGGGCUCCAGAAAGUACCUGCUUCUUACAGGAGCACCCAAAGAGAAAGCUGAAUCUCUACCAAAUGUCAAUGAAACAGGUGCCGUCUACUCUUGUCCCAUUACAACAGACACCACCGACUGCACCAGAAUGGACCUGGUCAGCACAACAAAUCCAUCUGAGACAGUGGAGGGCAUGUGGCUGGGUGUGACAGUGGCCAGUCAGAGAAACCUGCCAGAGGGACGCGUGCUGGCAUGCGGGCAUCGCUAUGUGAAGAUUAUCGCCGGAGAGGACCAGCGACGGAUGAUAGGAAAGUGCUAUGUCAGGAGCAACAACCUGACCUUUGACUCCAGUGAUUAUUGGCAGAUUGAGCCAUAUGAGCUCUGCCCCACGGUUGGCGACUUGGAGACUGAAGUUUUGUGCAACAUGGGCAUCUCCGCCGGCAUAACAGACAAUGAUGUCUACUUUGGAGCCACAGGCAGCUAUGCGUGGCAAGGAAAUGUUCAUGUAAUGCGGAGAGAUCCAGAUCCAACGCAAUUCUGGGACACUAUACACACAAACUUUGGACAAUUUGGACAGCCGAAAAGCCGAUACAGUUAUAUUGGUUACUCAGUUCUUGAAGAGAGGAAGCUGCUAAGCCGUGACACCUACACAGUGGUGACAGGGGCUCCCAGAUAUGAGUCCAAGGGCUCUGUGAUGUUGGGGAGAAUGACUCGAGAGAAAAAAAACAUCGAGCCGGUGCUCAUCAUCCCUGGGGAACAAGUGGGUUCGUACUUUGGUAACAGCCUGGCUGUCACCGACCUCAACAAUGACGACUGGAAUGACUUGAUUGUGGGAGCCCCAUUUUACUUUGAUCGCAUGAAGGAUCAGGGAGGAGCAGUGUAUAUCUUCAUGAAUGAGAAUGGAUCGUUCCAAAAGACUGCAAGCAUGGUGCUGAAGGGUCUCUCGGCCUCUGCAUUUGGCUUUGCAGUGGCUCCCAUCGGUGAUGUCAAUCAAGAUGGAUUCCAAGACUUUGCAGUGGGAGCUCCAUUCCAGGACACAGGAAAGGUUUACAUAUGGAUGGGAAGCAAAAAGGGAAUCUCGAAGGAGCCCAGUCAGGUUAUUGAGGGUAAGUCAGUGGGAAAUGGAGGAUUCAACACAUUUGGCUACUCCAUCAAUGGAGGGAUGGACAUGGAUGAGAACAGUUAUCCUGACAUCUUAGUUGGCUCUCUGGACGACCGCAUGGCUCUGCUCAGGGCUCGUCCAGUCCUCCACUUAACUAAAACCUUCACGGUCGAGCCAAAGAUUGUGGACCCUAAUAAUUGUCCUGAAAGUGCACCAUGCAUCACAGCGACUCUGUGUUUGUCUUUCACUCCAAGCAAUGGAAACAAAGACUUCAAAAAAAAUAUCACGGUGAAUUACACGGUGCAGGCCGACGUGGAGAGGAGAAGAAGCCCUCGUGUUCGUUUUCAGGAAAAAAAUGUUGACACAUAUACCGGCCUCCUGAUCCUGCCAUCUCCCAAAACCAAGUGUCAUGUUCUGAAACUGUUUGUGGUGGCACCUGUGAGAGACAAACUGGAACCGGUGGUCUUUUCCCUCAGCAUGUCCUUGCAUGAACAGAAACCUAAAACCAGACGUUCCCUGCAGAACCUUGACUCCUACCCAAUUUUCAGUCAAGAGCAGAAACUCACUCAAAGAACUGAGAUUAACUUUGAGAAGGCCUGUGGCUCGGACAACAAAUGUAGCAGUAACCUGCAGCUAACAGCCAAGUUUGUUGACGAAAAUGAUAAGCCUUACCUCAGACAUGGCAAAUUCCAGAUGCUUCAGUUCAACAGCAGUAUAAAGAUAAUAUCGCUGAUGGUGGAGGUCACCAACUUGCAUGGUGAAGACGCCCACCAGGCAGAGAUCAACAUCACCGUCCCUGAUGCACUGAGUUACGCUGGCGUCAGGUCGCCGAUUUCUUUGGCUCAGGAACACAAAGUACCAUGCUCUGUGGAUACUGUGUAUGGUACAGUGAUUUGUGAGCUGGGGAAUCCAAUUAAAGGCAAUAAAACGGUGUCACUUGUCGUCAAGUUUGAGACCUUAAGGAUCAAUUUGUACACACAAGAGAUUGAAUCUCAGCUCCAUCUGUCCACUCUUAGUGAGCAGAGUGACCUGAAGCCUGUGCCUGUGGCCCUGCUGAUUGAAAACACCAUCCUCCCCUCCUUCCUCAUAGAGAACGCGCUGGUAAAAACAGAAUUCAGUGGGACGGUGAUGGGCGAGUCAGCCAUGGUGAACACCAGUGACGUGGGCAGUCUGGUGGAGUUCACCUUCAAUGUGAACAUGAGGGGAAAGCCCCUGGGAGACCUGGGGACCCUGGCUGUGGAUUUUGAGUGGCCCUUUGAGGCAGCCAACGGCAAGUGGUUGCUGUACCUGACGAAGAUUUCUGUUAAAGGGGAAUCAGAGGUGGAAUGUAACCCUCCUGGAGCAGUUGUCAACCCACGUAACCUAACUUUGUCAGGGAGCGGACGGAAGCGCACUAAACGACAGAUCGCGGUGGAUGAUAAUGAUACACCAAAGCCAAAUGCUAUUGAGCCACAGGCAGCCAUCACAUUGCUCACUCCUCGCAAAGAGGAAUUCCUGUUGGAAUGCUCAAAAGGUACAGCGCGAUGCGUGAAGUUCACCUGUCCACUGCUCAACGUGACGGAUUCAGCCAAAAUUUAUGUUCGGUCCCGUUUGUGGAACAGUACGAUGCUAGAGGACUAUCCCAACGCUCUGAGAAUUAAGGUCAGAGGUCAAGCCACUCUAAAGCUCAUUACAGAUAAACCAACCCUCAAGAUGGACAGUCAGACCAACAUGUUCACAGUAGAAAUAGAACCCCUGGAGGGCGUGGAGGCACCCUAUGAGCUCCCGCUGUGGAUCAUCAUCUCUGCAGCUGUAGCUGGAAUUGUCCUCCUGGGAAUAAUCAUUAUUAUACUAUGGAAGUGUGGCUUCUUCCAGAGGGCCAGCAGGAGGGAGAUGUAUGAGGCCAAAGCCCAGAAGGCUGAGAUGAAGAUCCAGCCCUCUGAGACAGAGAGGCUCACUGAGGACUACUGAGGCCCCCAUGGGUCCCCAAACAGAACACACCAGUGGGGCUUUUGGCUUGGAUUCUUCAAGCGAGCCAUCUACUAUCGGAUAAUGCCAAAGCACCAGGGUGUGAAAAUUCGAAAAGCUGAGCGGUAUCAGUUCAAUCUUGGAUUUCAGCCUGAGGAGCCACAGAAAAAGUAUUGGAUCACCAACUGGACAGAGAUGCAGCAUUGCUACUACUGAGGCCUUCACUUUGGGCCCCAAACCACUCACCGUCACACUGGGUUGACACGGGUCAAACAAAGAACAUUCGGCUUGGUCAAGACACGUGCAUCGACCAAUUGUAGAUAGUACAGUCACAUUUUUUUAUGAUAAUUAGAUUUUAUUUCAUCUUUUUUCAGUGCAAUAUCUUGAACAGUUUAUUUUAGAGAUUGUAAUUUGGUAAGUAUUUUUGAUGAUUGCAUUGUUGGAAUUAGGGUUGCAUUCCAGAGCAAAUUGUAAAUUUAAUUGAUUAUUGUGUUUGCAUAUAUGUUUCCAUUUGAUUUUUUUUUAAUCCUCCAAGCCAAGUUGAUGGUCAUUCAGUAUGUUUAUUUCCACCAUGUCUUGUUUCCCUCACAGGACUGAUCUUCUCUGUGAUUGUGUAUGUUUUCCUGCUCAGUCCCCGGGUAUCAUGUGAAUGUCCAUGUCAGUGUUUUGCAAGCAUUACAUAGACUAGCAUCUAAAAUACAGUUAUGGUUGUGGCACUGCCCUUUCAAAAAGUGCCUUUGCGAUUUUUAGGCUAUGUAGAAAAAAUAUUUCCUGGUUUCAGGGAAUAAAAAAACAGAGAGGUAAGGAGAAAAAAAUGGAACUUAUCAUUGUUGAAUAACAUUUAGCCCAGCUUGACAUGAAAAGAGUCAUCCAAGCACCCCUGCAACAAGUUGAAAAGCAAUAGCUUCUUGUCUGUAUGUAAAAUAAUCAAACAUGUGUUGAUAUGAUGAUGGGAAAACAGAUUAUUAUUUAUUACACUGUCUUGUGUUAUUACAGUAAAGAACUUAUCUUUAAAAAAUAUCACAAUAGGGAGUCAUGACACUGGAGUAAAUAAUACAUGAUGUUGUAUUAUGUCUAGAGACUGUAAGCUCUAGCAUAGUUAUGUUUUAAAUUGUACAUAGAGACAGGUUAGCAAGGAAUUGACUAUUUGAAUGAAUGCAUACGUCAUUGGCCUUUUUUGUUUCACUGUGCCUAAGCUUUUAAUUGUUGUAUGAAACAGUAAGCGGACACUCGUAUUGUUUCCAAGCCUUUGUGAUCCGCAUUGAGGUCAACCUGCAGCACUGAAAGUAAACUGGACCAGGAAAAGACUGUCACUGAGCAGUUACUGAUGGGACUAAGUGUUGCGUUACCACUCUAUUCUGUGUUACUUGAGAGCCCACAGGCUGUGACUGUGUUUGUUACAGAGGCUCCAUUGACUCUGUAAGUAUAGAGGGAAGGGCUGACACCAAUGCACAAUCUCUG